UUCAUUCAGUUUACAGAUAAUAACGAUGUUAUGCACAUCGUAGAUUUGGAGGAGCAAUUGGAUACUAAGCUAUUAGAUGAAAUCUAUAGAAAUCCUGACGAUAAUCAAUACCUUCUUUACACAAGGGAUAAUCCUCGUGUACCUCAAACACUUCGAAUUAAUAACACCAUUGGUGUAUUUUUUUCGAAAUUUGAUGCCAGAAAACCAACUAUUGUUAUUGUUCAUGGAUGGUUAAGCGAUCGAAAUACAAAUGUAAAUAAAGCUCUCACAGAUGCAUUCCUUCGUAAAAGUAACGUCAAUGUUAUUGUUAUGGAAUGGAAAAGACUCGCUUUAUCUAAUUAUGUAACUGCUGCCGCUGGAGUACCUGCGGUGGGUCGUAGACUGGGACAGUUCUUAAAAUUCCUUCACAGUGUAACAAGAGCACCUUUAGAAACUAUGCACAUUAUUGGCUAUAGUUUAGGUGCACAUUUAGCUGGUAAUGCUGGCAGAGAACUUGGCGGCAGAGUUGCACGCGUUACGGGUUUGGAUCCAGCAGGGCCUUUAUGGAAUCUCAAUCCAGAUCGUCUUAGAUCAUCCGAUGGUGUUUACGUUGAAGCUAUACAUACUGAUGGUGGAGUUCUUGGACAGGGAAUUGGAUCAGCGGUAGCUGAUGCUGACUUUUUCCCUAACGGCGGCAUCUCUCAACCUGGUUGCUUAACAAGCUUUUGUCAUCACCAACGUGCAUGGGAGUUAUUUGCUUCAAGCGUGACUUAUGACCAUUUCCUUGGUAGACAAUGCUCUAACAAGCUUCAAGUUUCUUUGAAUAGCUGUCGUGGUAAAUAUUUUAAAAUGGGCAAUGGUGAUCUACGUAAAAGAGGCUCGGGCUUGUACAGAUUAAAUACUGGAAGAAGAUAUCCUUAUUAA